ACUGUAUUUGCAACUACUGCUUUGUUUUGUUACUCAUUUUGUUAUGGCGUCUCAUUCGAGCCGAUCAAGUUCUGGCUGGCCAAAAGGAAGUCAAAAUAAUCAAUAUUCCGGAAAAUACAUGUCUGGAAGUAACAAUUCGUUAAAUUCCACCCUCAAUAGAUCUAUAAGUUUAUAUCCUCUUACCAAUUACACAUUUGGUACUAAAGAGCCUCUAUAUGAACGUGACAGCUCUGUACCUGCCAGAUUUCGGCGCAUGAGAGAGGAGUUUGAAAAGAUUGGAAUGCGUCGUUCUGCUGAGGGUGUUCUACUAGUUCAUGAGCAUGGUUUACCUCACGUGCUUCUAUUACAAUUAGGAACUACAUUUUUCAAGCUUCCUGGUGGUGAACUGGAAGCAGGAGAAGAUGAAUUAGAAGGUUUAAAAAGACUUAUGACUGAGACUUUGGGCCGCCAGGAUGGUGUCAACCAAGAAUGGACAAUUGAAGACACUGUUGGUAAUUGGUGGAGGCCAAAUUUCGAACCUCCUCAGUACCCUUAUGUUCCACCCCAUAUAACCAAACCUAAAGAACACAAGAAGCUGUAUUUAGUACAACUACCUGAAAAAGCCCUAUUUGCUGUUCCAAAGAAUUACAAGUUGGUUGCUGCACCUUUAUUCGAACUUUAUGACAAUGCCCAAGGAUAUGGACCUAUUAUUUCAAGUUUACCACAAGCUCUGAGCAGGUUCAACUUUGUGUUUGUAACUUAAAUUUACUGUGCUCAUCACUCACAAGCAAUGUCAUUUUCUCUUGAUGUAUAAAAUUUGACUUUGUUUUUUCUUGUAAACGAUAAAACAAAACCUAAUCUUAAAUGUUGCAUUUAAUAAAAAGAACACCAUUCAUACGAUUGUAAAAAGAAA